CAAAUGCCAAACAUAUUGUUUGAAUUGUAUUUUUAUUAAUAUUUUUAUUUUCUUUCGCUUUAAAGACAUUUAAAUUUGUAUUGAAUUUACACUUUGUUUUCUAAUUGAAUGAAUCAUUUGAUUGUGUUUUGUCUGCGAAUAAUCACUUGAAUCGCUUCCUACAAAACACAUCCCAAUCAGUGAUAUCUGUGUGUUGUGUCUGUGUUUGUGUCGAUCGCAAGUAAACUGUGGUUUUUGUGGUGAAAAAUGGGUUACGAUUUGUCCCGAUUUGAGUCCGAAGUGGACGACGAACUCAAGUGUCCCAUCUGUUGUUCAGUACUGGAGGAAGCGGUUCAGGCGCCCGACUGUGAGCACACAUUUUGCAACGAUUGUAUCAAUGAAUGGCUUCAGCGGCAGAACAACUGUCCCGUCGAUCGCCAGCCCCUCAACUCGGGUGACCUGAAGCCCGCGCCCCGAGUCUUACGUAACUUUUUGGCCAAAUUAGACAUAAAAUGCGAAUAC